AUGUCCGGUCGAGGGGGUAAAAGAAGACAGGUUCUUCAGCUAGGAAAAGCUAGUAAACUGCAUCAUUAUGGUUACAGCAAGGGGUUUCAUACCACUGAAAAGAAAGGAAAGGGCAGUCUUCCAGUGUUGGUGGGUAACUAUUCAAAUUCUGACUCAGAAGACAGCGAGGAGGCAGAAGAACACAUAGCUACAGAUGCGAACGAGGAGGAAGAAAUUCUGGCUUUGGAUACUACUGAUGCUUCAAUCAAGACCGAACAACCUGCAGACAUGGAUGAUGAGUUGAAGAACUUUCUCUCUGAAAUUGAAGCCAUACCUGCCGUACCAGAGACGGAUAGUAGUGAACAACCACCUGUCCCCAUGGAAGAUAUCAAGCCAGAGCCAGACAAGGCUGUGGAGGCAGAUUUUGAAGUCAAGAGCCCUGCUGAACCUGUCCAGGAUACUCAGAAUCCAGUGCCAAAAACCAGACAGAGCAGUCAUCAUUACUCCAUGUUUGUGAAAGGAGAAUCAGAAUUUGUACACAGCCCAAAGCCAGAAACUGAGGAUGUGAAAAGUCCAGCAGUGGCCAAAGAAGAAGAUAUUCCAGAUGAACCCACUACAAACUGGCAGAUGGUGAAAGAUGAAAACACACACUACUACUAUUACUGGAAUACCGUAACUAAUGAGGUCACAUGGGAGAUCCCUACUGAGUACACACAGUAUCUUCUGCUGCAUCGAGAGUAUGAGGAGAAGGUUGCCAAGUACUCACCAGAGCAGCUGCAGAAAUUGAAAGAGAAACAUUCCAUGGCAGCAGCCAAUGAUUCUGGUGAUGCAGUGACUCGUUUAGUUCACCCCAAGCAUGGGGAUAAAUCCACAGACUUCUCCAAAGUGGUGGAUGGCAGGUUGUCCAAAGUAACAGCAGAACGUCCUGAUGGAACUGUGAGGGACACCACACGUUCCAGAAGUGUUUCGCCUCGCCCAGAGGCAGGGCAGGAUUCUAGGCAUCACAGGCAGAAGAAGGAGAAAAAGAGUCACCACAAGAAGAAACACAAACACAGGCACAGCGAUUCACAGUCUGACGAGGACAGACCCUCCCCAAAAGUCCCACAAUCCAAAAAGCCACCUGUGUUAUCAGAAACCUCGACAGUAACCCUUCUUGCUGGAAGCAGGCUGACCAGCAUUGUCCCAUAUUUGUCUGACCAGGAUGAUAGUGAUGAAGACAACAAUAUGGAUCCUGUGCCUCUUCUGGGAUCAGUCGCUGUAAUUGAUUCCCAAGACAAAGUACAUGGUGGAACCCCCUCUAGUGAACAGUCUAUAAGUGAAGAUCCUCCACAGCUUGACCUCUCUUCUACAGCUUCACAUGGCUUACAAAAUGUGACUGCAGAAGUUUCAUUACAGUUUGGAAAAGCGCAGGCAUCAGCAAAUACAGCUUUAUCUUCAUUAAUCUUGUCACCGCUACCACCACCACCUCCUCCAGAGGAAGAAGUAGCAGUAGUAAAAGACCAAACUGAAGAGGAAGAUUCUAAUCUCAAGAAAAAUACAUCACAGAUACUUGAUGAACCUGAAACAGAUUCAACUACAAAUCUACCUGAUCACCAGUCUGACACAGAUUCAGACAGACAGAUGAUAGAUUCAGCAAGUCUUGCUGUUGCAUCUCACUUUGCUGAAGUUGAGAUUAAUGAAAUUAUGAAGGCUAUAGUGGAUCCACAAGUUGAGAUUAAUGAAAUUAUGAAGGCUGUAGUGGAUCCAGAAGAUGAGAUUAAUGAAAUUAUGAAGGCUAUAGUGGAUCCAGUUUUGGCAACACGGGCAGCAGAUGACACUCAAACUCCUGCUGGAACAAAAUCAGACUCCACAGUUGAUGUUGCACAGCCUGUGAAGGAACCCGUGAAGAUUCGACAUAAAGAAGUGAUUGACAUGUUCGCUGAAGAUUUUCCCAUGCCACUGUCUAUUCAGAUAAAAGAUGUUGCUUCCAUAGAUAAAGGCACUGUUGUCCUAGAUGACCAAGUCAGAAAGGGUCUGGAGACUUCAGCGGAGGUGAUGGAUGAUGCAGAGAUGUUGGAGAAGGACACUCAGAUGCUCAGAACAGGGCAAGAAGCUUCCCUCGCAACACCAGUAAAUGGCUCCGAUAAGAAGAGCAGAACACAGGAAAACAUUUUGGAAAAGAAAAGCAAGACACAGGAAAACACUUUUGAAAAGGAAAGUAAGAUGGCAAUUAGUUUGGAAAAAGAAGGUAAGACAUCAGAAAGCAGGGUGGAGAAGAGAAGUAAGACACAAGAAAGCAGUGUGGAAAAGAGUCACAUAGUGCAGGAAGAUAGCUUAGAGAAGAAAAACCAGCCUCAGGAUAACAGCUUGGAAAAGAGCAAAAGCAAGUCUCAACAAAACGCUGCAGAAAGUAGCAAAACACUGGACAAAAGUGGAAGCAGGACACAGGAAAACAGCUCAGAGAAGAUUAGAAACAAGACACACAAAAACAGCUCUGAAAAGGUUAGAAGUAAGACACAUGAAAACAUUUCCGAAAAAAGAAGUACAACCCAUGAAAACAGCUCUGGAAAGGUUAGAGACAAGAUGCAGGAAAAUAGCUCUGAAAAAAGUAGAAGUAGGACACAGGAAAACAGCUCUGAAAAGGCUAGAGAUAAGACACAGGAAAAAAGCUCUGAAAAAAUCAGAAGUAAGACACAGGAAAACAGUUCCGGAAAGAUUAGAAACAAAACGCAUGAAAACAGGUCUGAAAAAAGCAGGCACAAACAAGAUAGCAAAUCUGAGAAGAUUAGAAGCACGCCACAAGAAAGUAGGUCAGAGAAAAGCAAAAAGAAAAUACUUGAAAAUCGCUCAGAAAACAAAAGUAGUCUGGUAGAGCAGGCAUCACUGAAAAGUGUCAACAUUGUAGGAUAUGCCAGUGAUGAAGAAGAAGAAGAAGGUGAAGUUAGAGAGACAGUGGUUAGUAAAGCUGACAAACCAACACAUAUAAAACAGAGGGAAAACAAGAAAGAGUCAAAGAAACACAGGAUAGUCUCUAAAACAGCAAUGUCUAGUUCCUCUGAUAUAUACAAGACAGACUCUAAAACACCUUUGUCUAGUUCAUCAUCUGAUAAGAAAUUUGGUCCAGAGUUGGUGUCUAGGGUUCCUGUUUCACUUACUGAGGUCAUGUCUGAGGCAACAUUCGACCAGGUGGUGGAGAUACCCGAAAAGGUCUGUGAUGAUGAUAUUGACUUUGAUAUCGAUGAUAUUGACCGGGCAUUGGAGUUGGCCCUGGAGAAGAAACUGGAGAAAAAGAAGGCUGACAUAAGAAAUAUGGCUGAGUUGGCCUUGAGCAAGCUGGAGUUCCUAGAUAUAUCCACAGAUAAUCUGUCUCGGCUGCAAGUGUUGUUCAUUGAGCUACAGACUAGGUUCACAGACUGGACAGCGGGCGGCCUUUCCACCCAGUACUUCCAUGAACAGCUAAAGACAGCCGAGCAGCUGCUGGAACAGUAUGAACUCAACGCCGUGCCAGAAGGAUGGGCUUGCCAAUGGGACAGGUCCAACAACCGAUACUACUACCGCAACAAGGUGACAAAUAGCAUUCAGUGGGAGUAUCCAGAGGUGGACAGCAAGGGAGAUGUUGAAGCUGCAGAACCCCCUGCUGAGAAUAGUGAUGAGUCAACAAGCAGGGUUCGUGACAGAGGCUUAGAUGAUCAUAACAGAUCUAGGAGCACUGGUAGUAGCCGACACCGGAGGAGGGAAGAUAAAGACAAAAGCAAAUAUGAGAAGCAUGGCAGUUCCCGCCACUCCCACCGAAAACGGCGGCGAGGCAGGGACCACAGCAACAGCAGCUACAGCAGCAGUGAAAGCCAGCAGUACCGCCGCCACCGCAAGAGCAAGAAGAAGAAGAAACAUCGGGCCGAGAGAUCCCCCAGUGUAGAGAUAGUGGAACACACAGAUUACAAUCUUGAUGGAGUGGAAAUCAUUGAAGCGCCGGUGGAAUCUGCCACAGUUGUCACACCGCUGUCUGCAAUGCCUUCUCCCAGCAGGGCUGUGCUGCCAGCCAGCCCAUCAGCAAGUCCAGUGGAUGCUUCCACUACUGGUCAUCGCAACAGUGCUGUAGCUACAGAAGAGUGUCCGGCUACAGCUGCGCAAGUACUUGAUGCAGAUCUGGAUGGAUUUCCACUUCAGUCUGGGGAAGAAGAUAUGGCUUGUGAUCAGGACCUUCCCGAGGUGGCCCAUGUUGACAGCAGUGCCCCGGAGGAAGUAGCCGAAGUGACCAAUCCAGCCGUUAUCUCCAAACCUCCUCAAAUAAUUAUCAACCCUCACCUGGUAACGACUUUGAACCCGGACACCCAUCUGAUGGCUGAAUUUUACUCUACCAAUCAGAUGGUUGCACCACCUCAAGCUUCAUUCAACCCAUUAUUCCCUGUAGCCCCGCCUUUAGAACAUGCUCCGCCCACAGCAGAGGUGGCCACAGAAUCCAGUGAGGCAUCUUUAGAGGCUGCAAAAAAGAAGAAGAAAGACAAGAAAAGCCUGGCAACUGGCUCUAGUAUCAUGAUGAAGAAGAAGCACAUGUCGUCCAUGGUGCAGAAGUGGCAGAAGGUCAAGGUCGAGGUGGAGAAGGAAGAUCGAGCCAAAGAGCUGCGACAAGCAGCCAUCAGACGGAAGAUAGAAGAAUUAAAAAAUGUUGAUAAACAGGAGAAACAGUCGUAG